AUGUCUGCCGGCAUAGUGGACGACUAUUUGGAGACGCCGAUGGAGGCCGACGAUGCGUUCCCCUGUAAGGGCUGUGGUGAGAUACUUGAAGAAGGCAAAGCUUUUGAAUUGGCUGGCAACCGGUGGCAUCUCGACUGCUUUCGCUGCACCACCUGCGGCUCCCUCCUCGACUCCGAUGCCAAUCUGCUGCUGCUCGGCGAUGGCUCCCUCAUCUGCAACAACUGCACAUACAGUUGCACGGCCUGCGGCAACAAGAUCGAAGACCUGGCCAUCCUGACGGGCGACCAGGCCUUUUGCUCGACAUGCUUCCGCUGCCGAAACUGCAAGCGCAAGAUCGAAAACCUUCGCUACGCUAGGACCUCGCAGGGCAUUUUCUGCAUGGACUGCUAUGAGACUCUGAUGGCUAGGAGAAGGAAAAAGUCCAAGGCGGCCGCAGCAGCCAAAGCGCGGGAGAAAGACCAGCCGCCAGCGGUGCCGGAAAAGUCGCUCCCUGCCCUCCCGCCGGGGGCCAUUCCGAACAAUGCCUUCUCCGACGACCGCGUCGACCCCGACGGGCCUACGGAGCUGUCGCCUCGCCCUCGCACCGGCCAUCGACAUAAUGAGUCGUCGGCUCGCGGCGGCUCCAAGGCCUCGCGCUCUCCGGAACGUGCAGCUGGUGAUGGCAAAGAUGGCCUAAGCCUGCCGUCAACCACAUAUCGCAGAAACCGCAAUUCGACUAUUACUUCCAAUAACGGUGAUGGUGGCGACGGCUUCUUGAUAUCCGUGGCUCUCGACACAGGCGCCCAGUCGCCCAAUGGCUCCCAGAAAGAGGGCACCAGCGAGGCAAGCAAGAAGAAGGACAAGGAGCCUCGGCCGACCAUGUCUGAUAAGCGCGUCGAUUCGCACUCCUCCGCCACGCACAUCGCUUUUCUUGGAGCAGCUGCCGCUGCCGCCGCGCCUGAUCCCUCGCAGUCGAAGCCGGCGUCUCGAUCUGCUUCCAAGUCGGACGCCAAGGCAUCAUCUUCCGCUGACGACGUCAAGCUUCAGGAUGCUCCUAAGAAGAGAAGACCUACUGAGUCGCGGAGCGAUAGUUCGCAGUCCGUCCCUCAACAGCAGGACCCCAGUCGGACCGGCACCAGCACUCCGCGGAAAGACAGCACCUCGCAACAGUCCGAUCCGCGAAAGGCGAUGGACAGCACUCCUAGUUCACGAUCGUCUUACGAUUCCAAAGGCCAAGAUGACGAGAUUCCCACCGCUAAGAUCGGACCUCGCUCUGACAGCAUGAACAAGACCAUUCCGCGAAAGGAGGUUCCGUCUGCAUCGAACCGCUCUGGUAUUUCCCCCCCUCCCAGUACAUUCACGUUCGCUUUACUGACGUUUUCCCCAAGUACCGCGCAGGGCAAGACGUCCACCGAGGACGGUCCACGCCAGAGCCCUCCCUCUAGGUCUGGCGCUACUGACAAGGCCUUGACCGACACGUACAUGCAGCCCAGAGCCGCGCCUGUCCCCCCAAGCAGCUACACGCAGAGCCCCCCCAAGGAGCCUGCGCCGCCGGUGCCCAAGGGCGCUCACGCCUCGCCGAGCUCGCCCAAGCUUCCUAGGUGGAGCAGCGGUGCAGAUUUUACCAUGGAAGAGGACAUGGUCAGGAUACUCGGUGCCGACGAAGGCUCAUCGUCGAUCCUCAGGCGCGUCUCCAACGCUGUCCGCCACGGCCGCACGAGCAGCGUCGAGUCCAACCAGAACCUUGCGGCUCGAACCACCCACACUCGCAGCAUCAGCGAGACGACGCGCGGGGCCAUCUCCCCUCGGUGGCCCAAGACGCAAGACGAUGCCAACGGCCAGGACCUGGGAAGUCCUUCUUCGCUUACUGCGCCGGAUAGCGCCGCGCUGCUUAAGCAGCAGCUCAGGUCUUCUGAACAGCGAGUGGCCGAGCUGGAGAGGCAGUUUGGUGCCGAGAAGGAUCUGCUGAGUAUCAACCAGAAGCUGAUUGAGAAGAGGAAGACGGUUUCCGUGCUGGACACCCAGACUGAGAUUAUGAUUCGACAGUUGGAGGUGUUGGCCGGAUACGUCGAGCGGGCAAAGGAGACGCAGGCUCCUAUUGACGUCAAGGAGCUGGAGGAAUCCGCCAUCAAGGAGUUUGUCGAGAAACUCGAAAAGGUCAAGCAGUCCUUUACCGAGGAGAUCGAGCGUCUCCACGAAGAGCGCGAUCAGCUUGUCGAGGAGAAGAACCAGGCUGCGACGGACCGCGACCGUGCACUCAUGGAGUUUGAGCAGCUGUCUUCCAAGAACGCUCAGCUGGCGGACAUGAACAACGACCUCACGCACCAGAUCCAGGAGCGCUUCAAGUCUCAGAUUGGCAACGACGGCAAGUCAAACGGCCUGGGCAUCUACAAGGGCGGCGCUUCGUCCAUCAACCUCGACACCGCAAGCGUGACGACGGGCACGACGCUCGUCCCCGACGAGGACCCGACGAUUGUCGAGCACGGGCCCACCGUGGUCCAUGUCCGGAAGGGCCAGGUCAAGAAAUUCAACUGGAAGAAGGGGUCCAAGACCAUGGCCCAGAACAUCACCAAGGGCGUCGGCCGCGCCGUCGUUGCUUUUCAGAACGAUCGCGAGCGGAUGCAGCAGCAGGGCGGCAUGCCUCCUGGCGGCGACAGCAUUGGCAUCCCGUACAACAUGACCGUGGCCCAGAGCGACGCCUCCGAAAAGGCGGCUUCCAACCCUUCUGCUGGACGACAGCAUCAACAGCAGUUUGGCUUCUUUGGAAAGAAGAACGCGUCGGCCAAGACGGGCCCCGUCGCCCCGGCCAAUGUCGUAGUCGCGCAAGCGGCUCCCGAGCCUCCCUCGACACUGUUUGGAUCCGAGCUUGCGGAGAGAUGCGAGUAUGAGCAUCGCCAGAUUCCUAGUGUGGUGACUCGAUGCAUCGAGGAGGUGGAGCUGAGAGGCAUGGAUCAGGAGGGCAUCUACCGGAAGACGGGCGGCAACUCCCAGAUCAACCAGAUCAAGGAGGGCUUCGACAAGGACGAGGACUAUGACAUUUCCGAUCCCGACCUCGACAUCACCGCCGUCACGAGCGUCUUGAAGCAGUACUUCCGAAAGCUGCCCAACCCCCUGCUGACGUUUGACAUUUACGAGAAGGUGCUGGAGUCGAAUUCCAUCAUCGACGAAGCCGAACGGUGCUCGUAUCUACACAAGGUCUUUACUUCGAUGCCCCAGAGCCACCGCGACUGUCUGGAAUUCCUCAUGUUCCAUCUUCAUCGCGUGGCAAUUAGAGAGCCCGAGAACUUGAUGUCGCCUAAAAACUUGGCCGUCGUGUUCGCGCCAACCAUUAUGCGGGAUCUCAGCAUUGAGCGUGAGAUGACGGACAUGCACAACAAGAACCUUGCGGUUCAGUUUGUCAUUGAAAACACGCACAGGAUCUUUGACGAUGAAUAA